AUGAUCAACAGACGCAAUCUGUGUCUGUUCUCUCUAAUUGGUCUGACUUUGCCAUACGGCGUCAAGGCGCAGAAGGACACAUCGACGUCCGCCGUUAUUUCAGCUGUCGUCUUGGCACUCAUCCUCUCUGGUGUCUUUUUGUCCUGCUUUAUUUACUUGCGCCCCCGUUUUCCAGCGCUUUACCAACCCAAAACGUACCGCGCCCUCCCGCCCAGCAGAAACACACAGCCACUGCCAACUGAUGCUUUCAAAUGGAUCGGACAGUUCCUACGCGUGCCAGACGCUGAGAUUCUGCGUAUUAAUGGUUUCGAUGCUUAUUCAUUCAUAUGGUUCUUGGUCCUGAUGCUUCGUAUCUUUGUGCCGAUUUGGAUUCUUUCUUGGAUCGUGUUCAUGCCCUUGUAUGCUGCGGACUUACCUAUCCAAGAGGAACAAGGUGGCGAUGGCCGUGGUACUGGAUUCAACAUGUUUAUCUUUGGUAACAUUGUGAAUGAAAAUGAGCAACAGCAAAAGCGAAGUGCAGGUGUCCUGAUCAUGCAUUACAUCUUUAUGGCAUGGAUCGUAUUUAACAUUCACGAUGUUAUGAAGCACUUUAUUCGCUUGCGGAAAGAAUUUUUGACAUCGCCUGAGCAUCGUAACACGAAUCAGGCCAAGACAUUCCUUGUAAGCAGUGUGCCAAAUGAACUGUUGAGCGAAACAAAGAUGAAAGAGCUUUAUGGUAACGUUCCUGGUGGCGUGAAGCGUGUCUGGAUCAACCGCAAUCUUAAAGAGCUGCCUGAUCUGGUCGAGAAGCGUGAUAAGCUCGCCACAAAAUUGGAGGGAGCUGUUUGCAAACUGAUCAGUACGGCCGCUAAGAAAGUGAAGAAGGGCAAGGUUGAUCCUUUGUCCGUCUCUGAAGAUGAUGUGCCUUCCCUCGACGUGUCUGAUCGCUACGUACCUGAAAAGAAGCGUCCUACCCACCGUCUUGGGAAAAUUCCUUGUUUUGGUGAGAAGGUUGACACGAUCAACUACAGCCGCGAAGAGCUUACGCGUUUGAACCGCGAGAUUGAGGCAUCGCGCCAAAAUGUGAUUGACGACUACGAGACGUAUCCACCGCAAAGUAGCGCCUUCAUUCUUUGCAAUACAAUGCAAGGUGCUUACCGAGGUGCCAGUUUUCGACCAGUCGAGAACAAGACGCAGAUGGAUCGUCGAUACGUGGAGAUGCAUCCUGACGACGUCGUAUGGAAGAACAUGAACUUCAACCCAUACGAACGCAAGGUCCGGAGUGCGUGUUGUUGGGGUGUGACUUGGGUGACGGUGAUUUUCUGGUCCAUUCCUGUGGCUGUGGUGUCGCUUUUCUCGAAUGUUGACUACAUGAGUGAGAAAGUGUCGUUCCUGGGCUGGAUCAAGAGUAUCCCCAACGUCCCAAUCGGUAUUAUUAAGGCCGUGCUUCCCACUGCUGCUCUCGCUGUAUUGAACAGCCUGCUGCCCCCUUGGCUCCGCUAUAACGCCAGAAUGAGCGGUAUUCCGAGUAAGAACUUGAUUGAGCUCAGCCUAAUGACCCGCUUUUUCAUCUUUAUGGUGAUUCAGAACUUUAUUAUCUUCACCGUUCUGUCUGGUAUUCAGCAGAAGCUCAGUGAUUUUUCUCACGCCGUGCAUGACCCUGAAAAGUUCGUUCAGACAAUUUCGAGUGCUAUUCCCCGUGUGUCGUCUUUCUACCUUGAAUACGUGUUCCUACUCGGUCUCUCUGGAGCGGCGGGUAUGUUUUUGCAACUCGUCCCUCUUAUUUUGUACUACAUCAAGCUCAAUUUCUUGGGUGCAACACCGCGCAAACUUUGGCACUUGCGUAAUGACAUGGCUGCACCUGCCUGGGGUGUCUUGUACCCGACUACGUUAUUCAUAACGGUUCUCGCGUUCGUGUACAUGAUGUUACAGCCAGUGAUCAACGGGUUUGCCUCAGUGACAUUUUUCACCUACUAUUUGGCACACCGCUACCUAUUCCUGUAUGUCUUUGACGUCCAACCAAGCACGGAGACAGCUGGCGCCUUCUUCGUCAAAGCCAUUCAUUACACUUUCAUUUGUGCUUACCUCUCAUGCCUGUUGGUGGCACUCAUGUACCUGUUCAACUCUAGGAAUAACCAAUCGUUUAUCGCCAUGGGUGUUCUGACGAUCCUGCUUGGUGUGCUUGUGGCUGUCUAUCAUUACUACAUGACGGCAUGGUACAAGAAGGAGAUGGCCCAGAUUCCGGAUCUUUUGGCCCAGAAGGAACAAGACAUGUCGGUUGUUCCGUUUUCAGAUGGCCAGGAUGGUGCCAUGCCUGUUUUGCUGCCCGACAAGAAUGAGUACUACACAGAUGCUCAACCGUUUUCACAGGAUCAUGGUAUUGCUAUGAAGGCUAUGGGCUCCGCGCCUGGCGCGCAAACCAUCCAAAUGGAGGAUCCCGAAGAGGAGCAGGAGAAGGAGCAGUUGCGGGAAAUAAACACUAUGAAUGCAUUCUUUAACCCGGCCCGCUUGAAGGACCAGAUGAUCCAGUGGUACCCGAAUGACAACUUCGGUAUCGGUCGCUCGCAGAUGGCCGCCGAUAUCGACGCUGGGUACCAGGCUUCGGUGGCCGAUGCUUUCAUCAACGAUAAGUACAAGAUCGAUGAAAAGGCUGAGGUACCUCCAGGGGAGACAAAGCAUUAG